UCUGAAGAAGACGGGAAGGAGAGCCUACAAAGAGGCACUUUCCUUUGAGUGAUCAAUUCUGUCCUUUUGACACAAAAGUGAUAGAAGUCCAUACGUGCAAUAUCUGAGUCCAGUAGCACCUUCAAAACCAACAAGAUCUCCAGGCUGGGACAAAAUAAUGGAGCUCCUUAUCUGCUUAGUAGCCACUUCCCUGUUUGUGGAGGCCCAAAGCUGCCCAGACGUCUGCGUCUGUGUGGCCAGGAGGAGCUAUGGCCGUCACAUAGCAGAUUGCUCUUACAAAGAUCUCCACGCAGUUCCUGCCGGCCUACCCUCCAAUGCGACAACCCUGACACUGUCCGUCAAUCGCAUCACCUCCCUACAGGAAGACUCCUUUGCGGACGUUGCCAGUUUGCAGGGCCUGUGGCUGUCCUACAAUGAGAUCAGCACCAUUGGGAAGGGCACCUUUGGCUCCUUGGCUGCGUUGAAGAACCUGGAUCUCAGCCACAACCAGAUUGCGGAUUUCCCCUGGCAGGAUCUCCGAAACCUCAUAGCUUUGGAGCUGCUGAAGUUGAGCAAUAACUGGUUGGAGAAAGUUCCCCGGGAGGCCUUCUAUGCAUUAAAGCACCUGAGGUCUCUCUGGCUGAAUGACAAUAGGUUUACUGUUCUCUCCGAGGGAACUUUUGACUCAACACCUUUGCUGUCCCUGCUGCAGAUCAACAACAACCCUUUUAACUGCUCCUGCAAGGUCUGGUGGUUGAAACAGUGGCUCGAGAGUUCUUCAGUUUCCACCCCAGAGAAGGAGUCCAUCACGUGUGCCACUCCUAAAAACUUGAAAGGUCUUGCUCUCGGGAGGAGUCUGGGUCUGGACUGUAUGGUUCCAUCUGUGCAGCUGACUUACCAUUCCAGCCUGGACAACUCCGUCCUGCAUGACGGACUCAAUCUUCUGUUGCACUGCAGCGCUGUGGGUAAGCCGCAGCCGGAGAUCAGAUGGAAAAUCCAGACGUCCGGUCAAACGGUAGCGAUUAAUGGACCAAACGUAGAAGAAGAGGGGGACAACUUGAUUGCGGAUGCAAGAUUCAAGGAGAGCCCAGGGCGUUUUCUAGUUUUCAAGAACGGCUCCAUGGCUAUCUCUAAGUUCACCAAAGCCGAUGAAGGCAUCUACACCUGCCAGGCUGUGAAUGACGCUGGGUCUCGGGAGGUCUCGGUCCAAGUGGCUUUGGGGAGCUCAGAAAACCCAGCGGAUGAUCUCCUCCAGAACAACAUCCAAGCCAGCAAGCCCAGAUCCAAAUCCUGUGACAUGGAAGAGCUUUCCAAGUCUGAAGAAAAGGUUGUCUACAUUUACCUUACACCGGUGGCAUCAAAGACCACCACUGGCAGAGGAAUUCUUUGGAAGUCGUGGCUAUGGGGCAGCUUCUUUAUAGUUUUCUUGCUUGCUUUGUAUACUUAAAGCUCCCGUAAUCCUGCAUGAUUUGUAAAAGCAUAGUCCUGGACUAUGGAAAUACAAAAUGGAGACAUGCUUUUCAAAAUUGCACUGAUCGGAUCAGGGGUUUUCAUCAGUUACCAGCUAUGCUUUGAACUUUAUAACCUAUACAUUCUCAAACGUAUUUGCCAAUAGGCAUCUGUACCAAAAUUCCAUACUCUGAGACUCUGAAUUCUGUCUUUAGAAUGCAUUCUUGUUCUCACUGCAAAGCGAACAAAACAACUUAGGUUUUUUAAAAAAAUCUUUGGCAGGGCAAAUUAGUGUUGCAGAUAGAACAGCAUACUUGCCGGCCUCACCCUGGCUCAAGCCAGUACAGGAGAUGGCAUUCUUAGUGGAGGUACCAAGGUUAUGGAAAUCCCUUGCCAAGAAGGCCCACAAUGUUUCUUUUAUACUGCUCUUCAAAAAUGUAGUUAAAAACAAUUUAUUUCCAGACAGCCUUUGAAUCCAGUUGUUUCCCAUCAUUUCCAGGAGCUGGACCGCUGGAUGUUUAUGAUCUCUUUGUUUAUUGCAUUGUUUAUCGAGUUGCAGAUUUUUAUCAUUCUGUUGGUAUUCUUAGCUGCUUUGUGACAGAAGCUCUAGAAAUAAUAAUAAAGAGAUUACAUGGGUAUGAGAGACAGCAAACAAUAAAAAAAAUCGUUGCAGAAUUCUUGGCUUCCAAAAGUUGGCUUUUAAGAAAAAACAAGCCACAAUAUGGAUUGCGUUGUCAUAGAAAUGAUUUUCAGUAUAAUAGUUGAUGGAUUUCAUUGUGAUUCUUUGUUUUACCAUGAAGUGAUAUACAUUUUUAUAAUAAAAAAAAACAUGAAAGGA